AUGGCCCUCGAGUGUUCACAGAACGAGGAAAGAGAUGGGCGCCUAGAGACAAUGAACGUGAAGCCGCAGGUGGAAAGAAACGCGGAUCUGAGAGGAGAUUCCGCAGCUCUGUUGGGACGAGAAGGAAGCGAGAAACGGGACUUGCCGCCUCGAAUGUGCUUCCUCGGCAGCAAAGGCGGCGCGCCUGUGGACGAGGAUGAACGCGGGCGUAUUCUCCACACUUUAGAGGAGCUCUGCAAAGAAAUAGAUGAUCCCCUCCAGCUGGUGAUGCGUGACGCGCGGGGCCUCCUGGGCAUCCUUUCUCUCGUUCAAGGGCCACGCCUCGGCGUCAUCGCAGACGCUGAAAAGGUCACAGUUUUCCUCGGCGUCCACGACAUCUUCAGGGUCAAGAAAACCGAGUUUCUACCCCUAUUCACCACAGCCCCAAUCCCCCCCAACCUCCACCUGUACAUACACCUCGCCCUCUGCUCGCCGUCGCGCUCUUUUAUUGCCCCUUCGUCUCUUUCUUCUGCGUUUCCUUCCCCGUGGCCUUCAUCUCGUGACCGCAUGCAGCAAACAGACGUCUCGGCAACUCGCCUGCAGCACCUGGCGUCUGCUUCGUCCGAUCCGGCAAAGACGUGCAUCUGCGGGGGCAACUUCCACUGUCUGUACACUCGAACGCAGUGCGACACCUCCGAUCCCAGCAGAAACGCGCCUCGGCUGUGUGUCCGCAGUCCCUCUGAGUCUUCAUCUUCGUCUUCGCCUUCGCUUCCUCCCCUUCGCAGCGCUGUGAGGGCGUUGAAGCCUCCGCCCGUCCAGCACCAUGUGCAUGCAGCUGCACAGGCGCUCGACCAGAAGUUUGAGGGUCUGUUCGCGGCGUUCUCGCUCGAAAAAACCUACUUUUUCUGUCCCUCGUUCUUUCUGUGUCUCCCCCUCCAGCAGGUCGCUGCGCGCGCGUGUCGCCUGCGGAAGGCACCACCGAGACAGGGGCAGGAAAGAAGAGCAAAGGCCGGUAGGCAGAGACAGAGACGGUGCGAAGGCGGCAACGCCGAGGAGGCAGGCGCGGAGGCGCACAACCGCGCCACAGAGCGAGCUUGCGCGGAGAGCAAGCCUCAGAGAGAGACGGAGACAGCCGUGAGCGCCAGGACUGGACGGACACCGAAACUCAGCGACAGACUGCCUGUCGGUCAGUCAGGAGACAAAGGUCGUGAGAGAGAAGCCACGUACAGGGAGAAAACCGACGGACAGGACGAAGAGACAGACGAAGAGCGAGGCGAGGACGACGAAGUCGAAGAUGCGUACGAUGAAGGCGCAGAAGGCGGUAUAUCUGUGCAUGAUUUCCUAGCUUGCUCCGACGGCGAAGAGGGCGAGGAGAGUUCACUGCGGAAGGAAGAGCGGAGAUUCGUUUGGAACUAUGAACUCAUGAAGCCAUUCCUCGCCCAAGGACCAGCGGGGUUCGAGUGUCUGCGCAGGGGGAUUCUCCUGCCGAUUCUCCACGGCUUCGUUCGCGCCGCGUCUCUCGCCGUUUCGCGCGGAACGGUGCGGCUGCUGCUGAUUGCGAGGAGAUCGGCCUUCUUUGCAGGGACCCGCUCGCUUUUGCAACGGUACGGCGCUCCAAUCCAUGUCCUGAAUCUGCUAAAACGUCGUCUGCCUCCUUCCGCUCCUUCCUCUUUGUCUGCUUGCCCCAACCGGAGUGGCGAACGCCCAGACGAGACGCAGAGUGAGGAGUCCUUUCGACAGUCGCGUUCGUCGUCCUUCGCCUUCUUUUCAUCCGCCCUGCUGGACGUCGAGUCUCCGCGCCCGUCUCUCGGAAGUCCCCCGAGGUCCGCUGUAUCGCCGCCCUACCUCCACCUUACGCGUCAACCGUCUCUGCAGUCUUCUUCCGUCACCCCCCCAAUGGAGAGGGAUGCCUCGUUUGCGACGUGCGCAGCUAACGCGCGCGCGUCUCUCGCAGGCGUGCCGUCUCCCUCUGAAAGUAACGCUGCCUCUGAAAGCGACACUGUCUGUGUGGGCCCCUCGCCUACACGCUCGCGCCAUGCUCUGCGCCAUUCUUCCUCCUGCGAUCUUCCCCAUCCUUCUCUCUCUUCCGCCUUCUCUUCGGCGUCUGCCACGUUCGUGUCUUCUGCUUCAUCCUCAUUCACUUUCCCUUCGGCCUCCUCGUCGUCGCUCCAAGCUGCGGUCGGGGCCGCGAUUGCGGCGGGACGGAAGGGCGCGGGCUACGAGAGACGAGAAGAACAAGAAGGCGACUUGGGCGAGGUGUACAGACAGCUCGUUGACGACCUGAACGAGGAAUUGCCUCAUGCCUUGAGGAUUCACUUCCACUGGAUCGACCUGAAGCGCCAGCAGUACCGACGCCCAGCGCCUCUGGUUCCGCCCUCUCCAUCUCCUUCUUUUCCUUCUCCAUCGUCGUCACCUCCCCCCUCGCCUGCUUCGGGUUUGGCAGGUUCGGGUGCGCGCGAGGGCCGAGCCAAGGAAGCGUGCUUGUCUUCUUUUUGCCGCCAAAGCGGCGAGGGAAAGGCUAGCUUUUUCGAUGACGAAGGCGCGCAAAGACGGGACGACGGCUGUCGCUCGCAGCAGCUCGCGCCUCCGUUCUCCAAAAGCUGGAAAGAGCCCGGGCUCGAAAGCAGAGAGAAAGAGCGAGAGAGACAAAGAGAGAGAGAGCGCGAGCGAGAGGAAGAGGAGUCCCUCACGCCAUAUCGGCAACUUCAGGUGCUCGGCGAUGAGCUCUUAAACACCGUCGGCGUUUUCUACACGAAUGAUCCUAUUACCCUCGAGGCGACGUGUGUACAACGAGGCGUGUGCCGAAUCAACUGCCUCGAUUGCCUCGACCGGACCAACGACGCGCAGCUGGUCCUCCACAAGCACCUGCUGCUCCAUCUUUUGCGCGCCAUGCGCUUCCUUCCCGCUGACUCCGCCGACUUAGACCCUCAGGUUGCGGCGGUCCUCUCUGGCCUCCUGGAAGCCGCAGGCGAUCAGAUUGCGUUGCAAUACGGAGGAUCGAAUGCUCACAAGAAACAACAACUGUUGAGCUCGCGCGCUUCUCCUCCGGAUCCGAGACAUCCUUCGCCCCCUCGGCUCCUUCCUCUCCGCGGCCAGGGCCCGGCUGCCUUCGCCCCUGCUUCCGCGGUCGCGCCGCUUUAUGCGCCCCACGCGCCGCCGUCCGCUUCGUCUUGUAUUCGGGUAUCUCUGCAGAGAGACGCCGCAGAGACCCCCGGCAGCGGGCUCUCGGCGUGGGUGGACAGCGUCGCCAGGGCCUUCCUCGGCUGGGGGAAACGACGGGGCGAAGGAGACAGCUUGCGCGAGCCCAGAGAGGAGGAACAGGGAACGCCCGCCUCGCCUCUGUUUUUCCUCUCGCUGGUCACAUCUGUGAAACGCAGGUACCACAACGUCCUCGCAGAUGGAGGGAAGCAACAAGUGGUGAACCUCGUCCAGAGCAAAUUGCAUCCCGUAGACGUUCAAGGCGACGACCUCGCGUCACUCGACGUCGACGCAGACGCCUGGUUGCACCACGAGUGGAUCGAGCCUUCGUUCGAUCCGCAGGCGUGGUGGGUGUUGCCGCUCCAACGCUUCUUCAAUGCCAUGCGUCUCGCAACCUCUUCGAAGACGCUUCUUCUCCCUGCCUCGCCUGGCGCUGCGGCAUCCGCUUUGCCGUCUCGCUCCCUCUCUCUGUCUUCUGCGCCUCGCCAUUCCUGUCGGCGCUGCGCCUCUCGGGCCCACGCCACGUGGCGCUGGGCGUGUCCCGUCGCCAGACUGGACCUCGAUGCAUCCCUCGCGUCUCCGUGGUUUGACCUUUUCGGGGGCAGCUUGCAGCCUCCCCUCGAACUUCGCUUUCCACUCUCGGCCCCGCGCGCCUCUCUGUGUCUCCGAGUUUCUGCUGCGCAUCUCCGCGCGCCUCUUUCCUCGUGCUUUUCCCGAUCGCCCGAGCUGGACCUUCGAGACACGGCAGGCGCUGCGCAGACUGGGGCCUCGAACAGCCUGGAGUGUAUAUACACCUAUCAGCCGUGGCUCGAGGAGGCGGAGGUCGCCGGCGAGAGAGCCGCCGAACUCGCUCGCGAUCUGCUGCGGCCUCGUUCUUCUCCCGCAUCUUCGCAUGCAGUCCCAGGCAUCGGAAAAGAGAGCGACGCCGAGGGACAAUGUGCGACACCGGCAGAAGGCCGGGGAGUCGCGAACCGUGCUGGCGGCGCGCUCCAUGAGGCGUGCGGGGACGAACCGAAAACGUGUAAAACCGAAACGCCUCCACAAUUUGAAGACCCUUCCCAACAAGAGAGUGAGGCAUCCGUGGAACCAGACGCAAACGACAGCGCGCGACUGCACGGCGUGCGGGCUGGGCAAGGAGUUUCCGCUCCUGGCGGUCCUUCCCGGACGUGCUCCACUCCGAGUCCCAGCUCUCGAGAGGUGUCUCCGUUUCGCGCCUCGUUCUGUCUCCUUCUCCCGUCGUUGUUUCUGCGGCCUUCUGGGCGUGCGUUCUUCUCGAAAAGGCGCCGACGUGCCGCCUCUGCCGUCAGGUGCGCGAAACCUAAGCGCGGAGCCCCACCAGUGCCGACGCCAGAGAUCGGGUUUCCAGGACCGAAGCUUGCGACAGGCAGCCCGUCGCCGAAGGCUCCGGUCCGCUAUCCCUCCUUGUCUUCUCUUCCUUCUUUUUCCUUUUCUUUUUCUGCAUUUCCCUCCUUCUCUUCCUUUCCGUUUUCGUUCGCAUCUGCCUCCGCGUCCUACCUCUCGCUCCACGACAUUGCAGAAGAAACUGUGGAAGGUGAGCAAGUGCUCGUCGCUCGCUUUCUCGAGGACGGCGUCUCUGGCGUAGAGAGUGGCGACGAGGAAGAGGAGGAGACGCACGAUAAUGAGGACGAAGGAAACGGCGACGCGCCCGUUGGCCCGGACGGGUCCGGAAAUCGAGAAGGGACCCACACGGACACUUGCGAGGCCGAGGAGAGGUCCGCAAGGACGCAGUCCCGGCGACGCCAUGAGGCGACCGAUACUGAGGCCACAGGCAUGCAUUCCGCGCAAGAGACGGCAAGAGCGAGUCGAGAUGCGGCAAUCGGAAAGACGACGCGUUUGAAAGAAAGGCGACAGAAUCUGGGAGACUUCGAUUUGCGACGCAGAGCCCGAGAAGAACGCGCAGUCCACUUCCGCGUCGGAGACACUCCGAGUCUCGGCGGGUUUCUCCCCUCGCAUCCUUCGUCCUCUCUUCUCCCGCCGUCGCGGCCUUCGCCCUUCUCUUCCCUUGAGGUGUUUCAGGCGUAUCAAUCCUCGCUUGUGUGUCCGUGUGGACACGCUGCGCCGGAAGAUGAGGGCAGCGGCACUGGGGACAUCGAAUAUCCGGCUGGCGGUUUCGCUCCGUGGGGGAAGUGUGCGAACACUGCGCCUCGCCCUCGGGCCCUUACAUGCCACCUUCAACCCUCGUGUGGCCCCAGCCGCGACAUGCGAGACUCCAGCAACGUCACGUCUCUGAGUCCCACCGAGAAACAGAGAAGAAGCUCGGAGUUACUGUCUCGCAACAGCCUCUCUUCGGCUUCUUCUGUCACCUCACCUUCGGCUCGCCGUCUGCGUCUGUCUCCUGUGGCGGCUGGGCGGCCGUGUGCGUCGCCGUUCUGUCUGUGGCACUGGGGGGUGUCUCCGAGUCAGGCCCUCGCUGCAUUCGCGGAAGCGAGGCGGGCACGCCCAGUCAGCGACAGGCAGCAUGCGUCUUCCAGUGCCCCUGAGCAGAAGCGUCGCGCGGAGACAGCAGCCCAACAGAGGCCGCGCGAGGAGACACCGCAGGCGACGCAGGGUGCAGAGAAGAAAGCGCACGUGAGGGAGAGAAAGAGGCCAGGAGAGCCGACAGCCCCCGAGACGGAGCGAGGGAGAGAGUCCGAGGAAGGGAAGAAUGGAAGAGAAGAUGAAGCGACCGAGUGCAACGCGAAGGCAGAAGAGCGGACGGAGACGGCACAGAAGCGAGCGACAGAUGGUGACGAAAAACCCGAGGGGAUCCUGAGGAACCUCAGUGAGAAGAGAAAGGCGCGGACACUGGAGACGCUUGGGAAACGGCGCCCGGCUUCUGGACUUUUCCUCCCGACUGGCUGCCAGGUGAGAAGAGGAACUCGCGUGUUCGACAGCUCUGAAGACGGCUCGUGUCUCUGCUUUUCUGGAUCGAACUCGCCUCGCAUUUUCAGAACUGAAGAGGACGUCCCUCCCGUGUCACUUUCGCGGCUCUCCUCUCCGCUCGGCGACUCUUCCUGGCGGAGCGGGGCGUCUCCGGAUGGUGCGCCGUCGGGCCUUUCACACAGCCUAACUUCGCUGUCGCAUUUGUGGAGGCGAGACGCAGCGCCCGCGAAAGACCGCGGAAACGAACAGAUCGGCACCAUCUUCUCGCCCCUGCAAUGGCCGCUCUUGUCCCCUCGCGAGGAACCCAACCAUGGCCUUGCUUCGGCGUUGGGCGCCUCGCCUUCGUCCGCUCCUCGCCAGCCGGCGCCUGAGGAGAGACACUCUGGGUGCGUGAUAGAGCAGAGGGAAGGCCUGUCUCUCCUUUCCCCAGUGUCCUUGAGCGGCGAGAGCGGCGCGACACGCGAGGACAUCCCUUACCUGUUUGGCGAAGAAAUCGAACAGAAAAAAAACGAAUUUGCACGCCUUCUCAGCCGUGCAGAAACCUCCUUCGCUCUUGUGCAUGGGUGGUAA